AUUUGCGUCGAACCGGUCCAGUACACCCCCCCAACUUCACUUCUAGCUCGAUCUCCAACUCGUAACAUUGUAAGCUCUGUACCACCACAUAGGAGAGCUAUCAUACAUACUUCCAACUUAUAAUACUACCUUCAUUGCACCUAUCCUCGUCUUGUUUCCAAAUUCCGUCCCACUCUCGUUCCACCCUAGAACCAAAAUCUAGACCAGGAGAACUAUUCGCCUGUUUCGACAUCGAUCAAGAUCAGCAUUGCGAUGGCCUCCACUAAGGCCCGCCAACCUCGGCUCCGAGCUUCAUGCGAUGGAUGUUUUUUGGCAAAGGUCAAGUGCUCUAAGGCUCGGCCCAUAUGUUCCCGUUGCUUAGCCUGUGGCAUCGAGUGUCGGUAUUCACCUUCGAGCCGGGCGGGCAAACCCAAGUCUGAGCAUAGCGGAGGAGCCCACGCGAAUGCAUCUCAAGAUAUGCAGCAAAUGCAUCACGGUCUAAUAGAAGACAAGAACAUCACAUACUCAACACCUCAUCAAACCCCAUCUGAACACAUUUUCAGUUUCGAACCGGGAUGGACUACACCGCCUACUAGUGUUGAUGGUAAUAUCAGUCGAAACCCUUCGAUAUCCACAGGUCUUUCCUUACUUGGAGUCGAGGACAGAACGAUGGGGGAGCAAGACCCGAUGUCAGCACCACCUGAAAUCUAUUCAUCUACUAUGCCUUGGACACCGCCUACGGAUCUUUCUUGCGCGACUUUCAGCGACAUUCCCGUCACCACUGGCUCUAUUCCCGGUACUCAGAUACGAUCUCAGUCGUUCGAGUUAUCUAUGACAACGCCGAUAGCGUGGACCGAUCCAGUAACACAAGAUAUGCUCUCGUACGGCCAGGUGCAGACUCCCACGAGCAUGACUUCCAAUUAUUUUCCAAGUCCAACAACACCGCCUACAAUGAGACCAGAUGGACCACCUCACAGAUCAUCAUCGUCCACUAUAAAUGGAGGUUCCUGCAACUGCUUUACAGCCUGCCUACAAUCACUUCAAGCAUUGCAUAACGCCUCUGCUCCAGCAGUGCCGCCCUUUGACUUCAUUUUGUCUCUUAAUCGAAGAGCCGUGGAAGGAUGCGCAGUCAUGCUCUCUUGCAGUAAAUGCAUGAGUCGAUCCGGUACUCAUACCGCUACCAUGUUGCUAGCGACUGUGAUCGGGAAAAUCACAUCGUUCUAUAAGACUGCUUCCAACUCGUUUUUCGAUACUGGAAGCAUGAGCAUGGUCCCAAAUAACCAGGGAAAUAAUCUAGGACUCAGCCUUGGGGUAUAUCAGCUUAAUGGCGAGGAUGGGAAAUGGUUGGAACUGGAGAUCUUGGCCAGGGAACUCCGUAAAUUAGAGGAGGUCUACGCGAGAUUUCGAGAAGUGGUCUGCAGUGAUUACUCCGACAUUCCCGAGGUUACUAAAGCUAUGAUCGGCUAUCUCGGGCAAAAUCUUGGCUCUACACUCGAAGUCAUCAGUCACAGAAAAGGCGACAUGACCUUCAUUACCUAGACCUACGAGUCGUCUUUCAGCUUAAAAUACGUUACAGCACCAUUACCACUAGCGCCAGAGCGGCAUCAGAGCGCAUGUUAUUAAACGAUGUUACGAUGUGACGCAAGACAGCCACGCAGUGAGAUAAACGUUUCAAGAUCAGUUAAUUAUAAUGAAAUUAUCGGUUUCCUUGUCAUAUAUAUUACAUCCUUACUUUACAGUCAACCGUACGAUCAAAAUCAGUGUAUGAAAUUGGGCGUUGGCGCUUUGAGGCGGAUGGUGUCCGGGUCAGAAUCACCUUUUCUUUUCUCAUCAGGAGUAUGGUACACAGGAUGAAAGUUUACUAGGAAAAUUCAUAU